AUGGCGGACUCGAUGAAUGAGAAGGAGAAGAUUGGAUCAUCAACAGGACCCGAGGAGAAUGGCAUCGGGAAGACGACACAGGAGCUCACACUUACGAAGGAUGGCUUCAGCGUUCACCCCCAACCCAUUUCGGGCGACGCAAUGGACCCCCUCAAUUGGUCUUCCUCCCAGAAGAACACGAUCCUCGCUAUCGUGAUGGCACUCUACUUCAUGUUCACCUACAUCACGACAACAACAGUGCCCUCCUUCCCCGAGCUGCAGGAGCAAUACUCCCUCACCCUCGAGCUGGUCAACUGGACCGUCGCCAUCCCAGCCCUCGGCCUCGCAAUCGGCCCCUUGCUCUGGUCCUCCGCGGCAGACAUUAUCGGCCGCCGGCCCAUCUUCAUCGCGGGCACCCUCGUCGCCUUCGCCGCGACCAUUGGCGCCGCAAAGGCCCCCUCGUACGGCGGAUACAUGGCGGCUCGCUUCUUCCAAGGGCUCGGCGUCAGCCCCGCCGCGACCGUCGGCUUGGCCAUCAUCAACGACAUGUUCUUCGAGCACGAGCGCGGACAAAAAGUCGGGCUCUGGGUCCUGGCCAUCGACCUGGGUCUCCUCGCGGGACCGCUGAUUGGCGGGUUCGUGGACCUGAUUGACCAUUACUGGAUCCAGUGGAUGACGGCCAUCUUCUUCGCCGUGAUCCUCGUCGCGGAGCUGGCCUUCUUGCCCGAGACGCUGUAUCCGAGAGACUACAUGCUCUCCAAGGCAAAAGGUGUCGUUGCCCCGACAAGCGACGGCGCUGUGGACGAAAAGGCCAUUGGGUCGGUGGGGAGGAGGGCGCCGGAGGUGGCGAGGACGAAGACAUUGGGCUUUUUGAAUGUGAAGCCCGUGCCGGCGAUGAAGCACCCCAAGCCGUGGGCCUCGAUCGUGCGGUUCGGGAAGCUGUUCAAGUUCUCCGUGGUACCCAUUGCGACGGGUGUCUACUGUUUCGGGUGGUAUUGGUGGGUGUUGUCGGUUAUUACGAUGAUUCCUGUGGCAUACAUUGAUUACUCGCCGCAAAUUCAGGGACUCUUCUUCAUUGGAUUGAUUGUCGGAACUCUAGUCUCUGAAAUAUUCUUUUCCGGAAAACUGAGCGACUGGCUUGUGAUCAAGCUCGCGAAGCGCAAUGAAGGCGUAAAGACUGCAGAGAUGCGUCUGUGGCUGGCGUAUCCCGCGGCUCUGCUGACUUCCAUCGGCCUCAUCAUUUGGGGUGUGAGUAUUGAUAAGGCAUACCACUGGAUGGUCGGGCAGGUUGCAUUUGCUUUGUUCGGCGCAGGGAUCCAAAUGGGCAACACGGCCAUCUGCUCCUACAUUGUCGACGCCUACCCGCUUCAGAGCAUGGCUGUCAUCACCUUUUACGCAGUGCUUCUCAACCUCAGCGCCUUUAUCGAUCCCUUCUUCAUCGCCCCCUGGGUCACGAGUGUGGGCUAUACCUGGACAUUUGCGGGACAUGGUAUCAUCACUAUUUUCUUCUGCAUACCGGCGUUGGGGCUUUUGCACAAGUUUGGAGGAGCACUUAGACAGAAGGCAGGACAGCCUGAUUGGGUCAACCCCGAGUAUGAUCAUGAUAUUGUAGGGGAGGUUUGA